UUGUUAUUCAAUAUAUUGUAGUUGCUAGUGACGGUCAGUUCAAUUUAUAAUUUUAUAUAAAUAAAUCAUCAUUUAAAUUAUAUAUAAAAUUUUUUUAUAAAUUUAUAAAAUUUCAUUAUUAUGGAGUUAAACUCUGAUAAUUUGUCUGAUUUUGUUAAAAAUGUGGAAAUUUUAAAAAAUGGUGAAACUAUAAAAUUUUCCAUUCAAGCAAUUCCAAAAGAUAGAUACGAUGAAGCUACAGAUCAUAUGUGUAAAUUUUUCAUAGCCGAUGAACCUGUAUUUGAAUCUGAAAAUGUGAAAAAUGAUCCAGUAGCUAUGAAUGAGAUGAGAAAUAUAUUUUCUAAAGUAUUGAAUGACAAUUUAAGUUUAGGGGCAUUUUUCAAUAAUCCAAAUGGUGAAAAAUCAAUUUUGGCAGGAAUGAAUGUUCUUUAUAUUGGCGGAAAGAAUGGAAAAAAUUAUUUCGGUGAAAGUUUUAAAUCUGAAAAAAUUAAAAAAAUAAUGGAUAUUUUGAAUAUUUUAUCGGAAAAUAUUGAUACAAAAAAAUUAUACGAUAGUGAUAAUUAUAUAGGAGGUUUUGGUCUUAGUGUUGAGCCCACUUAUCGUGGAAAUGCAAUUGGUUAUCAUCUUCUUAUGGCACGAAAUGAAUUUGGCAAGAGGUUAAAUAUUUUUUCAAGUGUCACCAUUUUCACAUCAUCGGCAUCAAUAAAAUUAGCCUAUCGAGCUGGAUUUGAAGUAUUAUUAGAAAAAAGAAACGAUGAACUUAUUGAUGAGAAUAAACAAUUGUUGAUACCAACAUGCAAGACAACAAUUUUUAAAACUAUGGGCAAGAAACUUAUUUAAAUAAAGUUUAUUAGUUUUAUUAUUUUUCAUAAAAAUUUAUUUGUAUCUUAGAUAUUUCAUAUUUAAUAAAUAGAUGAUAAUAAAGUAAUAUGAAAA